AUGCCAGGGUUUUCUGAACCUCACAACGUUCAAGCUGCCGGGUCGGGAGUGGGCCGCCUAGCAGAGAAACCCGGAGCCCUGGACCUCAAGCAACGGGGUCGGGAGGCGACAAUGGGAAGCCCCUGCGAGACCCUGGACACACAGGACCUCGGAUUCCAGCGGGACAGUGACGUCUCCACACUGAGCCCGCGGCAAAGUCCCCACGAGGAUGAAGAAGGAACCUGGCGCUCCUCACUCCACGAGGCCCCGUGUUUCCUAGAACCUCUUGAUACAGGAACCGCCUAUUUUUUGCCGCGAUUGCCGAGUCUUCCCAGGUCUUCCAAAGGCCGGUUUUUCUGCAGAUUUUGCACCCGGAGGCCCGGGGACAUCGGCCUGCAGCGGGGCAUCCACUCCACCAGGGUCUCCACCGUGCAGGACCCGAGCUGUGAUGAUUACAUGAGGCAGUCAUGGAAGGAAGCCUGUAAUGGUAGGCUCCUGUCCCCCGCUGGCAGCCAGCCAGUAAUGCCAGUGAGCGGGCCCGGGGACCCUCACUCUCUUUGCUAUGAUGUGACCAUCACCCCUAAGUUCAGACCUGGACCACGGUGGUGUGUGGUUCAAGGCCAGUUGGAUCAAAAGACUUUCCUUCACUAUGACUGUGGCAACAAGACAGUCACACCGGUCAGUCUCCUGGGGAAGAAAAUAAAUGCCACAAAGUCCUGGAAAGAACAGAACCCAGUACUGAGAGAGCUGGUGGACAUGCUCACAGAGCAACUGCUUGGCAUUCAGCUGGAGAAUUAUACACCCAGGGAACCCCUCACCCUGCAGGCCAGGAUGUCUUGUGAGCAGAAAGCCGAAGGACGCAGCAGUGGAUCUUGGCAGUUCAGCUUCGAUGGACAGAUCUUCCUCCUCUUUGACUCAGAGAACAGAAUGUGGACAACGGUUCAUCCUGGAGCCAGAAAAAUGAAAGAAAAGUGGGAGAACGACAAGGAUAUGACCUCGUCCUUCCAUUACUUCUCAACGGGUGACUGUACAAGAUGGCUUGAGGACUUCCUGAUGAGCAUGGACAGAACCCUGGAGCAGAGCACAGGAGGUAGAAAGAAAAGAAACGGGGAUCUGCAAUUAGGUCAGAAAUGGUGA